CCACUUGGAACUGUGGAACCUCUCAGUUGUCCUCGUUCAAUCCAAUAAUCUCUUAAUUCCUUAAGUUUUACCAGUGAUGAAGGAUUCUUCCACGUUUGUACUUUUACAAUUUUCUAUAAUUUAAUUACUUUAAUAAUUUACUAUAUGUUUUACGUACGGAAAAAGUUCAAAAGAUGUCUGCAUUUUUCAAUUUCAAAAGUUUACUAACAGUCAUAUUGCUAUUGAUCUGCACUUGCGCGUACCUUAGGUCUCUUUUUCCAAGUUUACUCGACAAGAACAAAACAGGAUUGUUAGGAACGUUUUGGAAAUGUGCAAGAAUCGGCGAAAGAAAAAGUCCUUAUGUGGCAGUUUGUUGCAUUUUGAUGGCUCUCAAUACUCUAUUUUGGAAUUGAAAUAUAUAUUUUUAUAGAUGGUUUUUUGUAAAAUUGCAAUUUUAAGUUAAUAAAAU